UCUCCCCCCUCCAUCCACCGGUGAAGUAGAGCCUGUGUGUCAGGGCGGGCUCACAAUGCGACGCGCGGUGCAGUCGGUCGAUCGUGUGCGCAUCAUCAUCCUCAUCAUCACCUCCGGCUCCAGCAUCCGUCUCCUCCAUUCAACGCACACAAGACGCUCGUGCGCUGGCCGUCAUCUCCAGCCUUCACAAUGACCUUCAGACCUUUCUAGCUGAAUGCACGUGUGAUUGUUUUCUGCCGCGGAGGGAAACGUGUGUCUACCUCCGCCGCUGCGUCGGCUUCACUGCGGACUGUUUUUGGUUGAGCGCGCGCCCGGUUCAUUCGCGUGCAUUGUUCCCGUCACAGCUCGCUAUGGCGAAAACCGCCACAUCGUGCAGCGAAAUAACAGGUGAAAAGAUGUCACCGCCGUCCAUCACUCUACUUCUUGACAAGAAAUCUCCAACAAACGGCCACGGCUCUCCAGCCCGAACUGGGAGAACCACUCCAUCUAACACAGAGAAGAAGCCACAAAUAAAUGGACAUGUGUCGCCUUCACACAUCAACAACAACCAUGCAGGUAAACAAAUUGUGGAGGGUUAUAUGAAGACAGACGACCGGAUGCGAUUAGCCAAAGAGAGGCGUGAGGAGAGGGAGAGGAGCCUGGUGGCCCGGGAGCAGCUGAUCAGGGAGAAGGAGCGCCGAGCUCGGCUGCAGUACGAGCGCACGGUGGAGGAGCGCUGGAGGCGGCUGGACGAGCAGAGGCAGAAAGAGGAGCUCCGCAGGGCAGCGGUGGAGGGGAAGAGGAGGCAGCAGCUCGAGGAGGACAGGGAGCGACUGGAGGCCCUGAUGAAGCGCUCCCUGGAGCGCAGCCUCCAGCUGGAGCAGAGGACCAAGCGAUGGAGCCGAGGCUGCCCUGCAGGAGCAGGUGACAGUGACAAUGCCCCACUCCCUUUCUCUGCCGCCUCCGCCUUUCCCCAUGGCAUUGCCUCCCCCCUUCCUGCUGUCAGCGAAUCUGCGCCCUGCAGCCCUCACAGGUCACCUUUCCGCGGCUCCCUGAACCCUGCGGAUCACAACAGAGCUGGACUUCAGGGCGGCUCUCAGUCCACUCCCAAUACCCCCAAGAAGCAGCGGCUGCGCAGAGAGAGAAGAACUGCAUCUCCAGGCUGUGGAUCCCCUUUGAGAAGAUCCGAAUCCCCUGCCAGUGUCCCCAGGCACUUGGCUUCCCCUGCAACCUCAAAGCUGGCAUCCAAAAUGCGUUCCCACUCCCCGAGCGACGCUCGUCAGUACCAUCACUCUCCCACGAGACAACGAUCAAACCCGUCGCCGGACGCCAAGACGCCGGAGAGGCACGGUGAACCAUCCAAAGCGGUGAGAAAGAACACCGACAUCAACGCCACAAAUCCAUCUUCGCGGGAGGCAAAAGGUGCGGCCGACGCCGACGUCGCUAAAUCCAGACCACCUCAGGGAGAAACCUUGGAGAAGCAUCUCAGAAGAGACACCCCGUCCCCCGACAGGAAGGAGCACACGCCUCCCAACGUGGACUUCCAAGAGAAGAAGAUGCCGAGCAACGCUCAGGAUGGAGACAAGAAGAAAGAAUCGGCACCGUGUGCGUCCGCGGGGAAAGCGGCGGCGGCCGGCAUCACCAACGCGGAGGAGGCCACCAGGGUGCUGGCGGAGCGCAGGCGUCAGGCUCGAGCUCAGAAAGUACUGGAGGAGAAAAGGCGCGAGCGAGAGGAAGAGGACCGAUACCGGGAGGAGCAGCUGAAGAAGCAACUGGCGCAGGAGCGGCGACAGCAGGAGGCGAAGGCUCAACAGCUGAAGGAGGAGGGGAAGAAGCAGGAAGAUCUGAACAGGAUGAAACAAGAGGAGGACACACGGAGGAAGGAGGAGCAGGAGAAGCUGCUGCAGAGACAGAUGGACAAAGAGAAAGAAAAAGCCCAAGUCCAAGCUCAGGAGGACGCAGACCGUCUGCGGCAAGACCGAGAACUGCAGGCGCAGCAAGAAGAGGAGGAGAGGCAACGAAGAAAAAAGAGAAUUGAGGAGAUCAUGAAGAGAACUAGGAAGGGUGAAGCCGACUUGAAGAAGGAGGAGCAGGUGGAGACGAAGCCAGCAGGUGAAGUAAAGACUGUUCAGACUAAUGCUCAGGUGAAUGAGCAAGUGUUGAAAAAGGUUGAGUUUCAGGUCAAAGGUCAGGUCAACGUGAAGGAAAAGGCCCCGGUGGAGAGAGAAGAAGCAGCGCGGAUGGACAAUCAGAAGAGUUUGCACGUUAAAAACAACGGACAACUUAACGAAGAGCAGCAGGAAGUGGAUGUCAGCCGGCCGCACAGAGCUCACGUCAACGCCGCGGAACAAACCCGUAAAAAGCCGACGGCAGAAGUCGAGGGCGGCGUGAUGAACGGAGCGGUGGAGGGUGAAGGGAGCGCCUCGAAGAGAAGCCAUCCGAUAACCGCCGAGGUAAGCAGACAGCGGGGCCCGCGUGCGUCGUCGGCUGCUCCGGGGGAGUCCAGGUCGGGGGUCCUCAGACCGUCUGUGGCGCCCCUGUCCCUGGGUCACCUGUCGCCGCCAAGCAUCACGCUGAAGCCGCUCGAUGUGAAGGGUACGGCGUCCUGUGAUGAGCCCAUGGAGGUCAGCCCGGCUGCAAGGGAGGAACUGAUUUCGAUCCCGGAGUUCUCGCCACUCAUCGAGAUGCAGCACGGCGGCGUGAGCGACACCCGCGCUCUCCAAGACCUGAUGGACCUGACCGGCGGCGGUGUCUCCUACGCCAAAAGGGCCUCUGAAGGCAACGCCGGCGACUGCAACAAGAACCUCAUCGAGGGCGUCGUUAGUCCCAUGGUGGACUCGAAGCUCAUCGGGAUGUCGUCUCCGUCCUCAAAUAAAAUGAUCAUCCAGUAGUCCGCUAAUAAUCUCUCUCUCUCUCUCUCUCUCUCUCUCUCUCUCUCCCUCCCUCUCUCUCUUCCUCUUCUCACCGUCACACAAUUACGCUCACGGACGUCACAUUUUGAGCGAGUGCCCCGUGUCACUAUACAUUUACGGGAAUAUGGAGCCAUAGAGAUUGACUUAAAAAUAAACUGUAAACAAUGACUUGCAAUCUUAGGAAAACAAAUAUUCUAUAUUCUAAUCGCACAGCAGCCGACAAGUUGAAAGAAUGUGUCAGAGAUGUUGCACAUUUGUUGAUUUGUUAAUGCACAUUUGGGUCAGGGAGAGAAUGUGUGUAUGGACUCGUGAUAUAAUGACAACAAAAGACAGGGUUUUAAAUAGUGUCCACAUUUAGAAAAACACAAUAUAGCUGAUGUUUAUUUAGAAUCUCUCAUGUUCUCUGCACAGAUUCCUCACUGGGUCUCAGAUCAGUGCAGGAGAAACAUAGCUCAGAGCAUCGAUGACAGCGUUUGUACCUCGGCCUUAGCCUUUAAAUUUAAUUCAGUGUUACUGGGAAAGGCAUGACUACUUCAUUUUCCGGUAAGCCUUGUUUUAAAUACUUAAACUCGGUUUUUUUCUUCAUGUUUAUGUUGUUUGUGCAAUUUGCUGAUGAUUUAUUUGGCUGGAAUUUAAAGGAUUUAUCUGGCAAACUAGACUCUAACUAGAAUCCUUUCCUCUUCCUCACACAGCGAGGUCUGAUUGUGGUAUUUAUGAGAGGAUUUACCCUUUAAAAAAAUCUUCAACAGGGACUUAUCGAACUGCACGUGAGCGAGGAGCACGAUUCCAAAGCUGUCAACUUAAAUAUUCAAGCAUUGAGGAAAAUCUGGCAUCUACACAAAUGAUGGCACAUACCUAUACUCCAAGUUUGCUGCAGACUAAAGAAUGAACACUCGGGCUCUAUUGUGAAUUUACAGUAAUUGCAUUCAUAUAAUCUUAACUUCAGUGAUUUCAUGAAUUUCCAGUGAUGAAAAUAGAGCAGUUUCAUGUCAUUUAAAGUGUUUUUUCUGUAGCAUUGCUGUGUAAAGGGUUUCCAAGGCACAGGGUAUACGGAUGCAUUAAUCUAUUACAUAUACAGUAGAGUAUAGAUUGCAAUCAGAAGAUAUCUGACUGUUGAUGUGUAAGACUGUGGCAGGAAUGUUUGUCUAACAAUCAACUUGUAAGUGGUCCCUGUAGCUAUAAGAAUGCUCUUUUUAAUCCAGCGGGUAGCUUUAACUUCUUGAGAGAUUCAUAAAACGAGAAUCAUUUUUCAUUUGCUGCGUGUGUAAAUGUGAUUACAGGAGAGAUGCCUUAUAUGAGCGACCGAUUAGUUACUGUUUUUUGGUGCAAACCAUUUUACAGUCUGUAUUUUUUUCUGUUUAAGAUACAGGGAUUGUUGUGUGACCUUUGAUACGUGAACCCUGAGUUUGAAACGCUUCUCCUGUACCAUGCUGCAAAAAAAUUAUUAUACGAAAAGAGUAUGUACACAUUAUUAUGUCAUUAUAAAGUGGCAUUUAGAUUUGUGUUCCUUAAACAAUACAUCAUUUAAAAAACAGAGGCUUUUUAAUAUUCUUAAAUGAAGUAUAGCGUUAUGUGUAUGUUGCAUACUAAAAAUUUGUAUUUGCAUAUUCAAACCCUGCUGUUUCACAUUGACUUAAGUUAUGCUUUUUCUUCUUCUUUUAAAUGGGACUGAUUUGAAAGAAUAUAAAGAAAUGAUGUACUCAAGUAUUAAAUAGUCUUUCACGGGGAGCUUAACUUUAAAUUGUGUAAUUACUGUACUUUGUGCAUGGUUAGCAUGGUCAUAACAAUGUUAUCCGAAACAAUAAAAUGUAAAAU